AUAGUAUGUGAGGAUGAGGAAGGACUCGGGCGGGUCACAUCUAAUGUGAUAGACUACAAUCUGUGAACACUUCCUCAUUCAUUCUGUCCACGGACACGGAUCGCGAGUGCUAUUAAUCACAUACGCAUUCCAGUGUCAAGAUGAGUUAUCCCGGAUACCCCCCUGCAGGCGGAAGCUACCCACCCGGAUCAGGACCAUAUCAGCAAGCCCCGGGGGGUACAUACCCGCCCCAACCGGGUGCCUAUCCGCCCCAGGGAGGGUUUUAUCCACCUCAACCAGGGGCGUAUCCCCCCGGAGCAGGUUACCCACCCCAGGCCGGGGGAUAUCCUCCUCAGGCUGGCGGUUACCCGGCUGCCCCGGGAGGAGGGUUCCCACCGCAGGCAGGGGGUUACCCUGCCGCCCAGCCCGGAGGGUACCCGUCCAUGCCCGCUGCAGGUGGGUGGGGUGCCCAGCCUGGCUUUGGAGCUCCUGGAGGUGGGAUGCCUCAGGGGUACCCUGGAGGUCCUUUCCCAGGACAACAGCCCAUGCCACAACAGCCCAUGCCAGGAUACCCAGGUGCUCCGGCUCCAAACCCGUCAAUGCCCGGGUACGGAGGGGGUGUUCCGCCUGGACCAACACAACCAGCUGUUCCUGCAGCUAAAAUGGGUUACCGUGGUUCCAUGAAGGACUUUCCUGGUGCUGAUCCUCUCAGAGAUGUUGAAGUCUUGAGGAAAGCAAUGAAGGGCUUUGGAACUGAUGAAAAUGCCAUUAUCGAGCUUCUCGGCAGUCGCACCAACAAGCAGCGUGUGCCGAUGGUCGCGGCUUACAAAACCACAUAUGGCAAGGAUCUGGUUAGUGAUCUAAAAUCAGAGCUGACCGGGAACUUUGAAAGUUUGGUUUUGGCAAUGAUAAAGACUCCUACUCAGUUUGAUGUCUCUGAACUGAAGCAGGCCAUAGCAGGUGCUGGAACAGACGAGGCCUGUCUCAUAGAGAUUCUGGCAUCUCGUAAUAAUGCUGAAAUCCAGGAAAUAAAUAAACUGUAUAAGGCAGAGUACAAGAAAUCUCUGGAGGACGCCAUCAGCAGUGACACAUCUGGACAUUUCCGUCGUCUGCUCAUCUCCCUGUCUCAGGGUAAUCGAGAUGAGAGAGAGAAUGUGGACAUUUCUAUGGCCAAACAGGAUGCCCAGAAGCUGCAUGCUGCAGGAGAGAAUAAAGUUGGCACGGAUGAGUCCCAGUUUAAUGCCAUUCUGUGCGCUCGCAGUAAACCUCAUCUCAGACAAGUCUUCCAUGAGUACCAGCAGAUGUGUGGCCGAGAAAUUGAGAAGAGCAUCUGUAGAGAGAUGUCUGGAAACGUGGAGUCUGGCAUGGUGGCAGUGGUGAAGUGUAUCAAAAACACUCCUGCCUACUUUGCCGAACGACUUAACAAGGCCAUGCAGGGUGCAGGCACUAAAGACCGGACUCUCAUCCGCAUCAUGGUGUCUCGUUCUGAGGUGGACAUGCUGGAUAUCAGACAGGAAUAUCUGCGGCUGUACGGAAAAUCUCUGUACACCGCCAUCUCUGGUGACACGUCUGGUGAUUAUAAGAAGCUUCUCCUGAAGUUGUGUGGCGGAAGUGACUGAGGAAACAGGAAGUUGGAUGCAUAACUGUGGCGAUCAGAAUUGUGGUGUCGUCACAUAAAUACAGCAUAUAUAUCAAUAGUCAAAUAAUCUAACUGUAGUGACAUCUUAAUUAAUAAUGUACUCUCAAAUUAACAUUUCAUUUGUGCCUUAGGGACUACAAUUAUUUUGUUUUUAAUUUGGUGUUUAAUCAGACUAUGCAUGAUGUCUAGAUAAUAUAUAUUUUGUACCAGUUUUUGCAUCGAUAUAAGUGUACAUUGUCUUCAGUAGCUGAUGCCAAAUAUGUGAUCAGAGCUAUGUUGAAGUUGAAUAAUCAUCUCUCAACCAAAAAUACAAUCUGUUCACUGUUUGAACAUAACGAUCUAAAUUCUUAAUGCCUUGAAGUGCUGAAAUGUAUGCCAUAAUAUAUGCCAUAGUUGUUAUAGUAAGCUUUAUGAUCUCUAUGCAAGAAGAGUUUUCUACAAAAUGAAGAAUUAUAUCAAUCAUCAUGAAGGUCGUAUUGGGUGAAACCACCUGAAAACAUCUCCAGGUCAUAUUUCACCCCAAAAUCAACAAAUGAAGCCUAUUUUAGGACAGUUAAGACUUUAUUUUAUUUUUUUAAUUGUGGCAUUAAUUUCAUGACAAUUCAUUGUUUCGUAUUUCAUUCUCUUUACUGUAACACUGUAAAACAAAAGUGUUGCUAUGAAUCAGUAAAUGCUACCAUGAUGUUUACAAAAUGUUUCAGUUUAGGUAACUUUUUUUCGCAGUACGUGAGAAUGAGAUAUUUCGGUGAAGUAAUGACAUUUCAGGGGGAAAUGUGAUACAUUAUUGUUAAAAUAUAGUCACAAUGCAAAAAGUCUUCAUGGUUCUUUUGAUUUUGGAGUGAUGUCAUCCAUAUGACUGGUGGAGAUGUUUAUUGUUGUGCCAAUAGAGGGCAGGAAAGUGACCAAUCAUUCAUCAUGUCAUUUUGAGUUUGAGAGAAUAUUCUAUCCUUAAUGUCUUGUGCUGUAUAUUAACAGUGUAGACUACUCUUUAUCAGGGAUUUACUGACCUGUGGUUGCCAAUCUGCUCACAAAACCAACUAAUGUCUGUUACUUAACACACAUGUGAGGAUAUUAUUGUUGUCUGGAAAUAAAUACUCCAUGAAUCAUUCGCA